GAGAGAAGCCCAGGGUACCACUAAUUGAGGGAGUGAGGACGAGCACGGCUCCGUCUGACAGGACUGCAGGUGUGUGUCAGCAUCCUGAGCUGGUGAUAACUCCACUCCGUGACUCUCAGGCAGAUUCAGCCGCCAGAUCCCAGCAACAUGACCCUUGCUGCCUACAAAGAGAAGAUGAAGGAGCUCCCGCUGGUGUCCCUGUUCUGCUCCUGCUUCCUAGCUGAUCCCCUGAAUAAGUCAUCCCACAAAUACGAAGGCUGGUGUGGGAGACAGUGUAGGAGGAAAGACCAAGCCCAGCGGGAAGACAGUGCUGACUGGAGAGAGAGAAGAGCGCAGGCGGACACAGUGGACUUGAACUGGUGUGUCAUUUCCGACAUGGAGGUCAUUGAGCUGAACAAAUGUACCUCGGGCCAGUCCUUCGAAGUCAUCCUGAAGCCGCCUUCCUUUGAUGGGGUGCCCGAGUUCAACGCCUCGCUGCCCCGCCGGCGAGACCCUUCCCUGGAAGAGAUCCAGAAGAAGCUGGAAGCGGCUGAGGAGCGAAGGAAGUACCAGGAAGCCGAACUCCUGAAACACUUAGCAGAGAAACGGGAACAUGAGCGGGAGGUGAUCCAAAAAGCCAUCGAGGAGAACAACAACUUUAUCAAGAUGGCUAAGGAAAAACUGGCCCAGAAGAUGGAGUCCAACAAGGAAAACCGGGAAGCCCACCUGGCCGCCAUGCUGGAACGGCUGCAAGAGAAGGACAAGCACGCCGAGGAGGUGCGGAAAAACAAGGAGCUGAAGGAAGAGGCCUCCAGGUAAAGCCCAGAGGCCAAAGAAGUUUCCAGAACAGCCGGACAGCGCCAGCAGCUCUGCGUUCCAGCAGCCUCGCCCGCCGGCUGCGCUCCCAGCACUGGGGUUUGGGGGGAGGGGGGUGGCCCAGGGGCGUUUCCUCUGCUUUUGAUGUUUGUCCACGUAAAGAAUUGACCAGUGAAGCCAUCCUAUUUGUUUCCGGGGAACAAUGAUGGGGUGGGAGAGGGGGAAGGAGAGAGUUUGGGAAAGAGAGAAGAGAGAUGGAGACGAACUCGCUGACGGUGCAGCGCUGCUCAGAGCAGACGGGCCAGGCCCUCUGUUUUUCACACCUCUGCCUGGACACGGAGCAUCCAGGUGCCAUGUUGAUGGAAGAUGAGAGCCCGGGCAGCAAAGGUCCCGAGUGCAAGGCAGAGUCCCGGCUGGGGCGGUGGCUGCAGGGCCCCCAGGAGGAGCCCAGCCUGAGGGGGGCGAGGCCCAGCCCAGCCGUGUGGCUUCCGUCCUGCAGUGGGUGGGGUGAGGUCUCUGUGUGUGUGCGUGUGUGUGUGUUAACCAUUAUCUUUUGAUCAUCAUGACCAAUGAAACAUUGACUCC